AUGAGCGCUUGCCUUAUUCACCUUCCGCCGGAGCUGCUUGAGCAGAUUCUGUCUGGAUUACCAAACAGCGACAUCAAGAGCCUGCGUUUAACAUGUACUCACCUCCACCGUUCCGCUCAAUUACGCCUCAGCCGCAUUUUCCUGUCCCCUAACCCACUGAAUGUGAGCGUAUUCAGGGCCGUCGCCGAUCAUGAAGAGUUCAGGAAGAAGAUUGUCGAGAUCAUCUACGAUGAUGCGCGCCUGGCUUACUCGCACGAGACCCGCGAUGACGAGUAUUAUGAAGACGAGGACGAGGAUGAGGACGACAUUGGUGAUGUACACGGCGUUCCGGUCUGGUACCGGCGCAUAUACAGCGAGAAUUACGAUUUUGUCAAGACCUACGGGUCUGGGGAUGUGAAGCGCUCUCACCAUCUUGAAGUCCAGCAGCGAUUCAAAGCGCCUUUGAGUCCGGCAGAGUCUUUCAAGAUAUAUCAGAAGCUGGUGCAAGAGCAAGAACAUGUCAUCGCCACAAACAGCGACGCCGACGCCCUCAAAUAUGGGCUGCCCCGAUUCCCCAACCUGCGAACAAUCACCCUGACACCUGUGGCUCACGGGCAACCUCACAGACCAUUUUACCCUACCCCUAUGAUCCGCUCUCUUCCACGCGGAUUAAUAUAUCCCAUCCCUCGCGGCUGGCCUGUCGCAGAGGAGCAAUCUAAUCGUCCUUAUGCGAAGAGCUGGGAUGGUGAGGAGAAAGCAGAGUGGCGCGGGUUCUGUCUUGUGACCCAGGCAGUUGCUCAACACCAACGCGAGAACCCAGCCGCUGGCAUCUCUGAGUUCAUCGUUGAUAGCAACCAGCUUCUCACGGGGAUCAACUGCCGCAUUUUUGACGAGGCGGAAAAUAGCGAGUACAAGGACCUCGCCACCAUCUUGGCCCGACCCGGCUUCUCCCGAAUCGACCUCUCUCUACAUGUUGGUGGCCAAGACAGAAAGGGCUGGCCCUCUUUUCGCCGUGGUCUCCUGCAGCACGCACUUGGCACGGCACAGGGACUACGGCACGUGAGCCUCACGACCAACCUCGCAAUCCCCAACGAACUCUGGGAUGCGUCUGAGGGCGGUGAAGAACACCAUAUCCCACUGCGCACACUUUUCCCUAUCGACACGUGGUCAAACCUCCAGCAUUUUUGUCUUUCGCGCUUCCUCGUCAAUCAGGCAGACGUGAUGGAUUUUCUGCUUGCGAUGCCGCUGACACUCCAGUCAGUCGAGCUGAGCUUUCUCUGGUUCCUCCCGAAGAACGGCCAUUACCAGAGCUUACUGGAGCAAAUGCGAGACGAACUUGACUGGCGCGAGCGCGUGACCGCAGCCAGACCAAAGAUCGUCAUUCGUGUUGAUAAUGAACCUAUAGUUCAAGGUCUGGCCAUCUGCGUUGGACGUGAGGUAGAGGACUUUAUGUAUGGCGACAGAGAGAAUCCCUUUCGGAAGGAUACGGUCUUUCCGGGCACAGGGACCCAUGUGGAUGCUUUUGAUCCUGAAUUCACUCGACCCUAUGCAAAACAUGGUCAGUUGGUAGAACUAGGGAUUCUAGAAAAGCCUAUCUGGUACCAGCAAAACUAG